CAUCUGUUUAUGUUGUGUGUUGUGGGUGCUAGGUCGUUGGUAUCACCCUACAGUGAUAAUUCGUUUUUAGAUCUGAAAUCUUAGAUCUUAGAUGAGUGUGUAAUUUUGGUCUCAUGCUUUGAAAUAAAUUUCAUCAAGGUUAAAGACAAUUAUUUCGCCAAAGUGUACUGUGGAGAGUCAAUUGUUUCUCAAGCUGAAAAGAAGGAUUUUAACUUGGUGCGUAGCACUUCCGGAUUUAAGUGAAAAUGGUUUUAGAGUAUCUUCUGACUCCGGCCGGGGUAGCCGGCAUAGUCGGUGCGUUGUAUUUAAUACGAAAGUAUCGCGAGUAUACAUGGGGUUGGGUUAGGAACAAGUAUUCCCUGAAGGACAAAAUAUACAUUAUCACGGGGGCAAAUUCUGGUCUUGGUUUCCAGACCGCUCGGGCUUUAGCCAAAAGGGGUGCUACCGUUGUCAUUUGCUGCAGGAGUAUGGACCGAGCAAAUCAAGCCAUCGAGAAGAUCCAGGCCGAAACAAGCGAGGGACGUUUGGUUGCCUUGCAAUUGGAUUUAGGAUCCUUCGCAUCGAUUCGCGAAUGUGCAUCACAAAUAAAAACGCAUUUCCCGCAAUUUGAUUGCCUUAUCAACAACGCGGGAGUUAGUGUUAAGUCGAAGCAAUUCACCAAAGAAAAUUACGAAGUUCACUUCGGUGUCAACCAUUUGGGACACUUCCUAUUAUUCAAACUGCUCGAAGACAACAUUAGGCAGAACAACAGUCGCAUUGUUGUCGUCUCGUCCCUUCUCCAUCAGGAAGGCGUCAUUGAUUUCGAAAAACUCGGAAAGUGCGAUGAUAGCCGCCAAAGUAAAUACGUGAACCCUUUGUAUUCCGAUUCGAAGCUAAUGAACUUCUACUUUGCUCGCGAAUUGUAUAAAAAGGGUUUUGAUGUGCACAUACUUUGCCCUGGUUUCUGCUACACAGAUUUGGUCACAAAUCACACUUUCAAAUGGUAUCAGCUUGCCGCCAUGUCACCAGUGAUUUUCUUUAUAAUGCGCUCAGCGGAACAAGGUGCCCAAAAUAUAAUUCACGCGGCUACUGAUAAUAAGAAGGACGAAAAAAAGAAUCCAUUCACGGGUUACUUAAUCAACAAUUUAGAGAUGACCAAAUCAAAGCACAAUUUCCAGGAAGAAAUAGGCGAGAGAUUGUGGGAAGAGAGCUUGAAGAUGUGUGAGCUGAAGUAAGCUGCCGCGGAAGAGCAUUGGUGGAGGACAUCAAAGCUUUGAACAAACGAUUGAAGUGGGAACUUAUGCAUCAGAAUUCAGAAUGAAAAUUUUAAUAAAUUUUAGUAUUUUCAAA